CUCUGCUGCUUCUCCCAGGUUUGACCUGAUGGGGUUGACUCCAGAUGCACCUGAGGAUGAAGCUGGGAUCAAGAAAGCUGCAGAAAACAUUAAAGCAAUCAUUGAGCACGAGAUGAAGAACGGGAUCCCCCCCAACCGCAUCAUCCUGGGGGGCUUCUCACAGGGUGGUGCCUUGUCACUGUACACAGCUCUCACCUGCCAGCACCAGCUGGCUGGCAUCGUGGCACUCAGCUGCUGGCUCCCACUGCACAAGGCCUUCCCACAGGCAGCAAAUAACGGGGUGAACAAGGACAUUGCCAUCCUGCAGUGCCACGGGGAGAUGGACCCCAUGAUCCCCCUGCGUUUCGGGGCCCUCACAGCUGAGAAGCUGAAAUCUGUUGUCACCCCAACCAAGGUCCAGUUCAAAACCUACCCUGGUGUGAUGCACAGUUCCUGUCCUCAGGAGAUGAUGGCUGUGAAGGAGUUCAUUGAGAAGCUGCUGCCCCGGAUCUGAGCUGAACCAACCCAGACUGUGGCAGGGGAGGAGGCCGAGGGCGCAGCUGCCGCUGAUCUUUUCUUUCCCCACACGGAAGCCAUGGCCCCCGCUGCCCCUCCAGCCCCUCUCCUCCCACCCUCACCUCCUCCCCAGCCAGGGCUGCCCCUUCUCUGGGAGCUGAGGUUGGGGCUGUCCAAGCAGAGCCUUGGCACAGCCUUUUCUCUCCUCUUCCUCUUGCUCUGGGGUGGUUUCUGGGGGGGUCACCAUCCCCUCUGCACAGGCGGCUGCCCGGCGUGGCACGGGUAAGGGUUUGGGUGUUUUGGGUUUUUUUUUCAGUUGGGUUUGGUUUUUUUCCAACAGUAUUAGGGGUGGGGAUGUGUCCCAGUGCAGCAGGGACACAGGGCAGGGCUUGGGCACCCCAUGGAGCUCAGCCCCUGCUCCCCCUCUGCCCUGGGCCCAUCCUCUCCGCUGCUCUCGGGCUCUGCUCAGGCGAUUCGCGGGUUUUCAAUCAGAGCUCAGGAACCCGGGACUCUCCUGUGAGCUCCUCAAGGCCCAGGAGAGGCUCUGCUCUGGGCUGGUCCUGCCAAAGGCUGCCCCAUCCCCUGGGGACAGCAGAAAGGCUCCCACAGGCUCCUGCACCUCCUCGCCCUGUCGCACACGCACACUCCGGCAGCUCCGGCACCUCCUUCAGAUAAUCGUCUCCUUCCUUCUCCUCCUCUUGUUGCUUUUACAAUCUCCUCUUUGGCUCCGUGUGGGGGGUUCUCAAGGUUCUCUUUGGGCCCUCAGAGCCCCAGAGCAUUGCUGUUUGCAGCUGCUGUCCCAGUGGCUUUGCCAGGGAGCCCACCCGGUGCUGGCCCGGUCCUUCAUGUCUCUCUUGCUGCUACUUCUCCUUCCCUUUGGACUCGGGCUGGCUCAGGGAGGGAGAGGAGAGGUGAGGAGAGGCCCCUGGCCCCCAGGAAUGGCUCCUGGCACAGCUGGAGGAAGCAGGUUUGCUCCCAACCAUCAUCUCACCAGCAUCUCCCACCUGAGCACCGCUGUGCCCCAUCCCGGGGGUCUCCCCAGGGUGAGGGCUGGGGGGGGGGGCUCUCUCACCCCUCCCGUGUACAAUCACAGGUUUGUCCUCACCAAGGUUUAGUUGUCCCUUUUCAGGACCAGUGGCCUGGCCGUGCUGGUAGCCAUGGCCGGGUCUGAAAGUGUCCCCGGGUGGGCUGCUGGCUGUCCCCUCCCUGUCCCCUCCCAGGCUCUCGCUGUUGAGCAGCGCUGUCCCCGGGCUGAGCCCCCAGCGCUGCGGGCACCCUGCGGGCUGCAGCUCUGCUGUCUCCUUAAAAAACAAACAAAAAAAAAGAAAACACGAAUCAAAUCACCAAACUCGCUCUGUCCCGGGGCUCUCGCUCCCUCCCGCCUUGGCUCAGCCCCCUCAGAGCUGGGGGGGGGGUGGCUAGUGGCCAUUGGCAAGCUGUGGCCAGGCUGGCACCUCCCCAGCCGGGAUGUGCAAAGCAAUAACCCGCUCUCCGGAGAGUCGGAUCUGUCAGACCAUCCUCGGGGUGGUUUCUUGGGGUUUCUUUUUGGGUUUCAUUCCUUAAACCCCCCCCCCCUUCCCCACUCCUCCCGUUUUUAGGAAGUUUUAAACCAGCAAAGCUGCCGCUGGCUUCAGGGAGGGGGGAGCCCGGUUCUUUCCCCUUCUUCUUUUUGGGGUUCAGUCCUGCUGUUUCUUCCACUUUUCUCAGUUUGAAAGCUGCUGUGUCCUCCUCUCCCUGCGCUGGGCUGGGGGGGAAGCAGCUCCCGGGCGGGCGGACCGAGUGACUGUGACCCAGAACCGAGUGGGGCGGGGGGGCCCGGGGCUCCUGGCCCAUCCUGGGGCCUUGGUGGCCACACUGGUCCCUGAGACCAUUCCUGUUCCCUCCCCCCCCAUGAGCAGCGUGGGGCUGGCUGGGACCGUGCUGAGGACCCGGGAGGGAGAACAGCUUCUCCAU